UUCCAGCUGUGGUUUGGGUGCAUCAGCAUAGAAGAUGUUGGCAUGGCAGCCUGUUGGAUGGAGAUAACAAUACUUAGGGAUAACAGGGUGAGGCGAAGUGACAGCAAGGCACUGCCUCUUGGACUUUGGGAUCAUUACAGUCUGGAUGGGUAUAUAAGCUGUUGAACUUCACCAGCUGAGCACAAGCACAAUCAAGUGGUUUAACAGACACACUUGCAAACUCAGGGUCUUAGAGCCAUGAAGGUCAUUGCUGUGCUCGUCUUGGCCGUUUUCACCGGCUGCAAUGCCAACAUCUUCUAUGCUGAUGCUCCGAAGCCACAAAUAGAAGUGGUGACUGAGGCUUUCUGGGACUAUGUUGCCAAAGCCACCCAGACCGCUGACGACACCCUUCAGAUGGUCAGGAAGUCUCAGUUCGGACAGGAUGUCAGUGCCCGUCUGACAGAGAGCGCUGACGUCGCCAGCAAGUAUGCAGUGUCCCUGCAGGAGCAGCUUCCCCCUGCUGCCCAGGAGCUGAUCACCAAAGUUACCACCGAGGCCGACGUGCUGAAAGAGCGUGUGAGCCAGGAGAUCAUCUCAGCCAGGGAGAAGCUGGAGCCCUUCACCGAGAACAUGAAGGCCCAGAUCCAGCAGAGAGUGGAGCAGCUCAAACAGGAGCUGACCACUUAUGCUGAUAUGGACUCUGAGGCCCUGAGAACCACCCUGAUGCAGAAGAGCGAGGAGCUGAAGGCCAGCCUGGAGCAGAGCGUGCAGGAGCUGCAGUCUCAGCUGGGACCCUACACCGACGACCUGAAGCAGAAGGUGGACCAGCACCUGCAGGAAUUCAGAGAGAGCAUGGUCCCCAUCACCGAGAGAGUUCAGACCGAGCUCACUCAGAGGGCCCAGCAGGUUAAAGAGAUUGCCACUCCCUACGUUGAUGACCUGAGGGAGAAGCUGGACCCCUACGCUCAGGACCUCCAGGCCCGUCUCACCUCUCUCUAUGAUUCCUUUAUCAAAGCCAACUAAGUCAACCUCAAGCUUGAAAUGUACCAAAGGACCUGCAUUCAAUAAAAUAUAAUUCACAGAUCUCUGAUCUCUGGACUUUUCCUUGCCAGCACAACAACAUUAAUUACCAAUAUUUUAUAAACUUGGAUGUCAUCAGAUGUACAACAAAAAUGUGUCAGUCUGCGACCACACACUGUGUUCUCUUCCUAUAUUAUGGAAAAUAAAGUAAAAGCAAAACCGCUUUCAAUGCCUUAUGUGUGUGUGUUUUUUAUUGAGUUGUUCUUGCAAAUAUAA